AUGUUUAAACCAAAAAUGAUAGAAAAUGAAAAAGAUUUUUGUUGCUUUUAAGGACAUAAGCUACCAGUAGUCACUAUUGUACUUGAUCACAAAUUACCAAUGAAUUAGAGACUCUUAUGCACAGAAUGUUUAUAAAAUACUGACAUAGAUGGCAAGGCGGUUGGAUUAAGGAAAAUUAUUUCAUUUAUUGAAGAAGAUUAAGUAAAGAAGGUGGAAAAGUUAGAGAACAUCCUAGUUAACUAAAUAAAAUUAAUCCAAUCAUUAAAUAGUACUGUUGAUCAACUGAAAUCAAAUGUAAUACAACAAUUAGACUAAUUAGUUACUAUACUGAUUGGAUGGAUUCAGAAUCUAUAAUAACAACGAUCAUAAUAUUCUUAAUAUAGUUUUUAUGAGGAAUUAGAAAUGAUGCUAUUGAAGUAAAAUUAAAAUAAAAAUGAUUCCAAAUAAUAAAUAUUAAUCCAUGAAAUUCAGAAAACGAAUCUCUGUUGGACUUCAAAAUUGUAUCUUAAAUUAGAAAAAUUUAAUUAAUUUGUAGAAUAUAAUAAAUGUAAGGAACUGUUGUCGAAUGUAGAAUUAGAUUCUUAGAAAUUUACUCAAAACAAAGAAUAAGAGUAAAUUACAAUAUAAUCAAAGAGUAAUUAAAUCAAUAUUCCAUAAUCCUAAAGUAU